AUGUCCAACCUCCUACCGUGCUGCCUCCACCUCCUCCCCUUCUCCGCUGUCACCGCGCCGUUGUCCCGAUUCGCCACCUCCGAGCCAUCGCACGAGCUAGACCUCUCUGACGAGCUCAAGGCCAAGCAGGACAGCACCAUCGACUUUGUCUUCUGCCUCGCCGGCGACACCAUCCCUAUCCUCCCGACCUCCUUCUCCCCACUCCCGCUUUUCGACCUCCGGUCCCCUCCGGCCUGCUCGCUCACCGUCUCUAACCGCCACACUACCGUCUUCCUCGCGCACUCUAAAUGGCUUAUGGCCGUGAGGAAAAAGGAGAUGAUCGAAGCCACUAAGGAGGUGCGGGAGAAGGGCAAUGUGGGCACCCGCUGCGCGCAUGACUACUGCAUCACAGACGUGCCCCUCCUAGGUGUCUCUCUCCUUGUGCUCUCCCGUGACAAGUCCAUGCUAGCUGCCUGCAUAGACAGCGAGAUCCAGUUCUUCUCAUCUGCUUCCCUGCACACUCAUAAGGUUAUCUUAUUUUCUCUAUUUUCAACAAUGUGUGUAUGCUUGAUUUCAGUCUAG